AAAACCAAAACAAAUCCAUUCUGUUCUGCCGUGUGUUUCUUCUCCGGUGAACGAGUAGAUCUAUUUCUAAUCGUGGGCCGUGCCGUGUGCUUGUACCACGUUCGCUACCAGCUGGUAUCGCGCCGCGUAUUCAGUGCCAACGUAGCCCGUUCCCCCGAUUCCUGCCAUCGAUAGUACGCAUCACAAACACACAAUAUGGCACUGUCCCUGUGCAGAACUAAAGUGUUCGGAGCGAGUAGCCGGCUCAACAGCAGAAUACUAAAGUUUGAAAUCUCGAAGGUGCUGGCCAGCCGGUAUUCGACGGAGAAGAAGCGUUCGAAAAUAUACGCCAGCGCGGACGAAGCGAUUGCGGACAUUCCCAAUGGUGCGAAACUGCUCGUCGGUGGUUUCGGACUGUGCGGGAUUCCGGAGAACCUGAUUGCGGCGCUGGUGAAACAACGCAAAACCGAUCUCACGGUGGUGUCCAACAAUGCCGGUGUGGACAAUUUCGGCCUGGGACUCCUCCUGAAGGAGAAGCUGAUCAAGCGCAUGAUUGCAUCGUACGUCGGUGAAAAUGCCGAAUUCGAGCGUCAGUACCUAUCCGGCGAGCUGGAACUGGAACUCACACCGCAAGGCACCCUCGCCGAACGUAUCCGUGCCGGAGGAGCAGGCGUCCCGGCGUUCUUCACCCCAACCGCCUACGGUACGCUCGUGCACGAAGGUGGCUCCCCGAUCAAGUACGGCCCGGGUGGCACGAUCGAAAUCGCAAGCGAACCGCGCCCGAUGCAAAUGUUCAACGGCAAACCGUACAUCAUGGAGGAAGCGAUCACCGGGGACUUUGCGCUCGUGAAAGCACACGUCGCGGACGAGGCGGGCAACUUGAUCUUUAACAAAUCGGCCCGCAACUUCAAUCCUCCCAUGUGCAAAGCGGCCAAGGUGACGAUCGUUGAGGUGGAGGAAAUCGUGCCGGUCGGUUCGCUCGAUCCGGACCAGGUCCACAUGCCGAGCGUGUUCGUGCAUCGCAUCAUCAAGGGACCGGCGUUCGAGAAGCGCAUCGAACGGUUGCGUGUGCGGGACGCGAAAAAGGCUGGCUCGGUGGUGUCUUCCACGCCGGCCGCCAAGAUGCGCGAGCGGAUUGUGAAGCGGGUCGCGUUGGAGUACCGUGACGGUAUGCACAUCAAUCUCGGCAUCGGUAUACCGGUGCUAUCGUCCAACUACAUACCGCCCGGCAUGAAUGUGUUGCUUCAGUCGGAAAACGGUAUCCUCGGUUUGGGACCGUUCCCCGAGAAGCAUGAGGUAGACCCGGAUCUGAUCAAUGCCGGCAAGGAAACGGUGACGGUACUGCCCGGUGCGUCGUACUUCUCUUCCGACGACAGCUUUGCCAUGAUUCGCGGCGGACACAUCGACAUUACGGUGCUGGGUGCGAUGGAGGUGUCACAGUACGGUGAUCUCGCGAACUGGAUGAUUCCUGGCAAGCUGGUUAAGGGUAUGGGAGGCGCAAUGGAUCUCGUGGCAGCUCCCGGCACGAAGGUGGUCGUAACGAUGGAACACAACGCCAAGGAUGGUUCGCACAAAAUUCUCGCCAACUGCAAUUUGCCCGUCACGGGACGCAACUGCGUCGACAUGAUCAUCACCGAGAAGGCCGUCUUCAGCGUGGAUAAGGAGCGAGGACUCACGCUGAUGGAGCUGGCCGAGGACUGCACGGUGGAGGAGGUGAUCAGCACCACCGGAUGUGACUUUUCCGUGGCGCCCGAUCUGAAGAAGAUGGCGCAGGUGGAUGAUGCGUGAUAAAAAGUGAGCACUCAUCGAACGGCACAUGUAAAAAUGUUUUCGCGCCUCUUCGCGCAAUUAGAUGGCUAAGACUAACCAACAAUCAUCAGCGAAUGGUUUUUUGGGUACAGAGAACGCAUUUAGCAUUUGGAGGAAGAUAGCAACAAACAAACACACAAGGAAGCUGCGUCGUCGUGCUUGGGGAGCAGCGUUUAGUCGUGGGACUGAACACACUCUAACCCUGCGAACAACAGUUUGGAGAGCAGCAUAUUGUGUUUGAAACGCUCGCGUCUGAGCAUAAAUAAGUCGUAUCGUAUUGAAAUCUAAUUUCCCAACCCACUAGCUCGAACCUGCAAUGGCCCUGGAUACAAAGACCAUGGAAAUAAAACAAAAAAUGCAUCCAACAAGCAAA